AGACCCAAGCGCCUGGAGCCCGUCUGGAGGUCCCACCAUGAGGAGGUCCUGGUUGUUGUUGCCGGCCGCGUGUCUGGCGGUCCUGCUGCCCUGGCCGCUUCUGUUUCUGCUGCUGCUGCUGCUGCUGGCCUGGCUGUGGUCCGGUUUGGAGGUGGCGGACCUGGCCAUAAUCCUGGCCCUGCUGCGGCACGGCCUGCACAGCCACGUGCGGCUGUCCCGUCGCCCCCCGGUCACGGUGCUGGAGCGCUUUCUGGGCGAGGCCCGGCGCAACCCUCAGCUGCCCCUGCUGCUGUGCCGGGGCCGCGUUCACACCUUCGGCCAGCUGGACCGGCGGAGCAGCCAGGCGGCCCGGGCGCUGAUGGGGGCGGCCGGCGUGGAGCCCGGGACCUGCGUGGCCGUGCUGCUGCCCAACGGGGCCCCGUACGUCUGGGUGACCCUGGCCCUGGCCAAGCUGGGCUGCGUCGUGGCCUGCCUGAAUUGGCACGUCCGGGGCCGGGCUCUGAGUCACGCCGUGAGGACCAGUGAGGCCAAGGUGGUCCUUGCCGAUCAGGAGUUCAGCGACGCGCUGGAGGAGAUCCUGCCGACGCUGCGAGAGGAGGGGGUCCGUGUCUUCUUCCUGAGCUCCUCGUCCUCGUUGCCGGGAGUGGAGCCGCUGCUGGGCCACGUGGACGCUGCGUCCCCCGAACCCAUCUCCCCAGCCUUCCGUCAGGGCGUCACCAAAGACUCCGCCGCCUUCUAUAUCUACACCUCGGGGACCACAGGGCUCCCCAAACCAGCGGUUCUGACACACAGUAAGGUGCUGAAGACCUCCGGGACGCUGUACCUGUGCGGGGUCUCGAGGACGGACGUGGUCUACACGGCUCUGCCGCUCUACCACGCUUCUGCCCUGUUCGUGGGGCUCAUGGGCUGCAUCGAGAUGGGGAUCCCCUGUGUGCUGAGCCCCAAGUUCUCGGCCUCCCAAUUCUGGGAUGACUGUCGUCGGCACCGUGUCACUGUCAUCCAGUAUGUGGGAGAGGUCCUGCGCUACCUGUGUGCCACCCCCCAGCGGGACAACGACAGGGACCACCCGGUGCGGCUGGCGGUGGGGAACGGGCUGCGGCCGGAGGUCUGGGAGCAGUUCCUGAGCCGCUUCGGGCCCGUGCGGGUGUGCGAAUUCUACGGCUCCACUGAGGGCAACAUCGGCUUCAUCAACUACACCGGCAAGCUGGGCGCCGUGGGCAAGAGCUCCUUCCUUUAUCGGAUGCUCUGCCCCUUUGAGCUGAUCCAGUUUGACAUGGAGAAGGAGGAGCCAGUGAGGGACAGCAAAGGCCGCUGUGUCCCCGUGGGCCCAGGAGAGACCGGGCUGCUGCUGACCCUGGUGACGACCCUCAACCCCUUCCACGGCUACAAGGGGUCCCCCACUCAGACCGAGCAGAAGCUGCUGCGGGACGUGAGGCGAAAAGGGGACGUCUACUUCAUCACGGGCGACCUGCUGACCCUGGACGCCGACGGCUUCCUCUAUUUUCGGGACCGCAUCGGGGACACAUUCCGCUGGAAGGGAGAGAACGUGUCCACUCGGGAGGUGGAGGCGACCUUGGCCAGCCUGGAUUUCCUGAAGGAGGUCAAUGUCUACGGGGUCCCGGUGCCCGGGUAUGAAGGGAAGAUUGGCAUGAUGGCGGUGCAGCUGGCUCCAGGCCGGGCCUUCGACGGGCAGCGGUUGUACGCCCACGUCCGACGGACUCUCUCCGGCUUCGCUGCCCCGAACUUCGUCCGAGUCCAGGAAGCCCUGAAGACCACAGGCACCUUCAAGCUGGUGAAGGCCCAGCUGGUCCGGGAGGGCUUUGACCCUGGGACCAUCUCGGAGCCCCUGUAUGUCCUCAGCAACAAGGAGAAGACCUUCCAGUCUCUGACUCGGGACAUCUACCAGGCCAUCCUGGACGGGAAAUGGAGACUAUGAUUCCUCCACUCCAGUGGGGACUCCCCAGGAGUCCCCCCUGCCCCCUCCCCGCCACCCGACGGCCUUGCUACCCUGGCUCAGCACCCCUCUCCACUCCGCCAGUUGGACACCCUCCACCUAACUACCUUGUAUCUACUAUCCCAGCGUUUAAAUCAGUGCUUCAUAGUAAACGCUUAACGAGUACCAUAAUAGUAAUUAUUAAUCUUCUGGACUCCCCAUCUGUGCGGAAUUGCAACCCUGGAAGGUCAUCCCCAGGGUACGCUGUCUCCCCCUUUUAGACUGUGAGCCCACUGUUGGGUAGGGACUGUCUCUAUAUGUUGCCAAUUUGUACUUCC